AUGUACCAGUUUGGUUCCCAUGGCCGGGGGGUUGGAGCAGCAGGAGCUUUUGGUGGCUCAUCUCACACUGCCACCACGAGCUACCCGGACUUACCACCACCCGUGGAAGACAACAAGGGCAGCAACAGCAGCGACCUGGAAGAGAAGAUGAGGCUCCCGGGCUUCUCCCAUGACGACCAGACCAUCAACGACGCUUCCAUGGGACUGGAGCUCGACCUCCACCACCAGUUCGACCUCGAGGCCAAGCAAGAGAUCUCCACCCAUCUGAUGCAAGCCGGCGGCUACCCCCAGUGCUUUGAUCCCGCCACCAUUUCCUACUCGGCGGCGUUUGGGAUGCCGGCCGAUGUGUUCUUCGCUGAGCUGCCGCCCGACGGGUUGUACGACCCGGCGGUCCAUUACGGUCCGUCCAAUCCGCCAUUUAUGGUGAGAGAAGUUCUCGGCUCGUUUCCGCAUGCCGCUGGGUUCUUUGCGGCUGGAUCAAGAGGCAGCGGGGAGUCUUAUGUUAUUGGGACCGAGGACGGGCGUGGAGGGCAGCUUCUCGAGAGCCCACUUGUGCGCAACAAGCGGCAGCAGGGAGCUCCGUGGGGGAUGAAACAGGGCGGGCUGAAGAACGAGAAGCAAAGAAGAGAGAGGCUCGGCAAGAAGUUUGAAGACCUGAAAUCACUGAUCCCAAACUCGACUAAACCCGACAGAGCCUCCAUCGUCGCCGACACAAUCGAGUACAUCAACGAGCUGCUGAGGACAGUCGACGAGCUCAAGAUACUGGUGGAAAAGAAGCGACGUUGGAGGGAGAGGGCCAGGAAGACGGCGACUGGAGACCAAGCAGCUGGCGACAUGGAGAGUUCCUCCAUCACGCCUCCCAUGGACGACGCCGACCGUGCAUCCAAGGGCGUGCUGCGGAGCUCGUGGCUCCAAAGGAGAUCCAAGGACACGUUCGUGGACGUCCGCAUCGUCGACGACGAAGCCAACAUCAAGCUCACUCGGCGUAAGAUGAUGAACUGCUUGCUUAUCGUCGCGAAGGUCCUCGACGAACUCCACCUCGAGCUGCUGCAUUUGUCUGGAGGAAACGUAGGAUACUCUCACAUCUUCAUGAUCAACACCAAGAUUCAUGAAGGUUCUUCAGUGUAUGCGAGCGCGAUCGCGAAGAAGCUCAUCGAAGCCAUGGAUGUGAGUGGCCCAACUUUGCCUGCCAGCUUUUAGGGUUCGCAUUAUAUGUUAGUUGGAGUAUGAGGUGAUAGAAUUGUGCCUGGUAAGACCAAACAAUCUCUUUCUCAGUAGUUUCUGAUACACCUUGCAGGAAAAUAGUGGACUGCAACACUCCACUUUAUGCCAUCUUUUGCUACAAAUAUAAAUGUCAAGCAUCAAGUGAAUCAACUUGCAGCAUAAAAGUUAAAGAAAAUAGAGCUUUAUCAUAAUGUUAUGCUUUUAAAAACUGGUUAAUCAGAAUGAAAUAUGAUAAGAAGUUUCAGUUGGAUCAUUGAAAUGAUGCAUAUAAAGGCAUUCAAAUUAUUCUUGCAAUCAUCUAUACUGAUUAGAAGUUUCAGCACUCAACAAUUUGCUGCGAGUGUAUGAUAUGGACAAAGUGAAACAAUUGUUCAACUAGUGUUUUACUUCAUAUUCAACAAAAUAAAGAGAACCAAAACUGGUAUUCUACACUCACUAAUUCUGUACUAAUUUACACAGUUUUCAUACUUCAAUUCCUGAUUUAUUUACUACAUAAUUUGUUAGUGAAUCGAAAGAAACUGUAGAGUCUCAGGCAAGAACUGAAAAUGAAAUAUUUUACCUGAUUGUUUGUAGAGGGAUUACUACAUAAAUGCAGUGUUUAUGUGCUAAAUUGAGUUCAAACUCAGCCCAUUAUUGAACUUGAGCCUCAACAUGUGGUCAAGAUAGCCUACUCAAGCUCAAAUGUUGAUUUUAAGCUCAAUCAGGCCAAAGAAGCCUCAAGCUAGUUGUGUCUAGAUGAGGAAACUUGGAUUUGUGAUAGCAGUGGAUAAGGCACCUUUUAGAGAUUAGAGAUUGAGGUAGAACUACAAAAUGAGGACUGGGCAAUGGCUGGUGAGGUGGAGAGUGGUAAGAUUAUUUCAGCUGAAACAACACAACUCUCAUGUCAUAUAUAUACUCUGUUAUCCUUGAGUAGUGUAUAGAUCUCAUGUUAUUUUACACUCACAGUAGAAAAAUGUUUCCCAACACAAUCUCAUUUAUGAUUAGCUUUCUAAUUAAUAAAAAUUCUUUGCUAAAGCUGUGGACAAGACUUUUAUUAGUUAUAAUUGAAAUUUUGAAUUAGAUCAGAAAGUAUGCUGGAAAAGGAAGGAAAAAAGAGAUAUGAUUAUAUAAGGCUUUUCUCUAAGUAACAGUGGUUUCUAAAUUUUCAUCCUUAAUUUUAGAAAUAUUUCUCCAUAUUUCUUGGAAGUGAAUGAAACAUAUAAUACAAUAAAAGAUAAAAAUAAAUUACUGAAAACAGUUUAGCAGAAGAGAAUUAUUGAAUUAGAUAUAACUUCUCUUAAACUUGACCUCAGAAACAGGGUGUCUCUCUACAGAAUUAUUUUUAUCUUUAUAUAUAAUAUCUAAUGAUCUUUAUUUAUUUAAAUUUUAUCUUAAUACAUCAGCUGUAAUCUAAUUAGCAAAAAAAAAAAUCUUGGAGAGAAAAAUGUUGGCAUCUAAAUGCACUUCCAAUGAAUUACUAUUUUGUAGUAAUCCAUCCUACCACCAAAUUAACAUACUGAAGAAUAAGUAGAAGGUUGACAUGUGUUAU